ACAUAUGGAAUACAGGGGAUAGAGGAACACAGGGACACAAUCAACAAAAUCCAGACAGUGGAAACUCUACAGGAGAAAUUACCAGUUUCUUUGUCAAAUAAAUUGGAAAGACAAAAAAAGGGGGUGGACAAUAAGGGAAUCCCAUACGUUAAGAGAAAUUUAAAAGAAAAUCAACAUACGGACCUUACUUGGACAAACUAAAAAAAUUAUGAAACGAUUGGGGAAAUUUGACCCUCCUCAGAGGAUAUUUCAUAUUAAGAAAUUAUUAAUAAUUUCUUAAUAUGAGGUGAGAUAAUGGUAAUAUUCUCACCUUAAUAUGAGGUGAGAUAAUGGUAAUAUUCUUAUGUUUUUAAAACAGUUCUUAGAUAUAUAUUGGAAUAAUUCAGAUAGAGGUUUUUUUAAACAGGAAAACAAGCCACAGUUCAACAUAAAAUAAAUUCCAAUGUGACAUUGGAUUUUGAGCAACUGAUAGAAUCUAAGAAAAGAAAAUUUGAUCCUAAUAUUUGGAGGUUUUUCUUUUGGGGUUGAAGAUUUAGUAGCAUAAAAUUACAUCUCUUCUCUGGGUCCAGUCUUAUUUCUUGGUCCUCUCAAGAAAUAAUGUUGUGUUUCAAUUUAUAAAACUCUUUAGACAAUUAUGAAAACUUUCAGUUAUGGAUUAGAAUAUAAAUCUUGACCUUUUUAAAGAAAUGAUAUGGUAGACGAGUCUGGAAGAGCAAAGGAUGGGAUGAGGUGAAGGAAGUGACCAUGUGCUAGGUUUCUCAUCUCAAAUAGUUGGCAAUCAGAGACUUCCAAACUGAUGGAUCAAGAAAUACAGGUUUUAAAGCAUAUUUAAAGUUGUAAAGUUAGCUGCUAGAAAAUUAUAAAUAAUAGGGUUCAUUUCAUUCCCUUUAUUGUUUAAAAAAUUUAAAUAUGCCUGGAUUAUUUUUCAAAUACACUUUAAAUAUCUAAAUUUUUAAUUUUAAACUUGCAACUAAAUCAUUAAAUACUUGAGAGUAGAUAUUUAAUCUCGUACUUUUCUAUUCCUCCUCCUCAGUCGCCUACCACAACGCUGGUGUCGAAUGUGCUUACUUCUGAAUGUGCAGUAUCAUUUCGUGCUUAAUAUUGAAUUCCUUAAUGGUAUCUUGUUUCCAAAGAAUCUUGGCUCUAGAAAGGAUUUUUGGAGUAGUCAGGCAAUCACUUUAGGUAAGGAAACUGAGGUCCCCAAAGGAGGAACCUUCACCUGGGAAAGCCUAGUUUAGGUGAGCUUUCCACUGCAUGUCCUGCCUUCUAAAUGCAAUCUCUGAAAAUUUUGCUUCGGAGGGAAAUCAACAAACCGCACCUUUUCUGGAAAGCGGGAAGAGGCCUGACGGGGGAGCUCCAGACCUGCGCGCUCCAGACCCGCGCAUGCGCAAAACCACUUCCGCGUGCUGUGCGUGCGAGGGAACCUUCUGUGGUCGGCUCCCUGCUGCUGAGUGGCCGCUUCCCCCCGGUGGGUUUUCCGCAGCGCGCCAGAGAGGCGGGGCCUGCGGGACGAGAUGGAGUUGCUGCAGGUCCUGAAGCGCGGGCUGGAGCAGGUCAGCGGACACGGCGGCCUCCGCGGCUAUCUACGGGUUUUCUUCAGGGCAAAUGAUGUGAGGGUUGGCACAUUAGUGGGGGAAGACAAAUAUGGAAACAAAUACUACGAAGACAACAAGCAGUUUUUUGGCCGUCACCGAUGGGUUAUAUAUACUACUGAAAUGAAUGGCAAAAACACAUUCUGGGAUGUGGAUGGAAGCAUGGUGCCCCCUGAAUGGCAUCGUUGGCUUCACUCUAUGACUGAUGAUCCUCCAACAACAAAACCACCUACUGCUCGUAAAUUCAUCUGGACAAACCAUAAAUUCAACGUGAGUGGCACUCCACAACAAUACGUACCUUAUUCCACCACUAGAAAGAAGAUUCAGGAGUGGGUCCCACCUUCAACACCUUACAAGUAAAGACAAGGAAAAACAAUUUACAUGUAAAAUAUGGGGCUUUUCCUGUAAUUGUACUUCUGCUGCUUGCUGUUAACUUGAUUAAAGUUAUUUGAUUAA